AGGAAAACAUGACCUGUCUAUCAAUGACAAUGCAACACAUUGAAUAGCUUUCAAUUGUUUUGUAAACGAAGUAGUGGUUUUGGGUUUAUGCCUCAUCAAAGGAUAAAAUCAUUCUAUAUCGGAGUGACGUGACGUCACAUCAGCUGAGGAAGUUACGUGAAAAAGAGGAAACACUUCAGAUGGGCUUCCUCAUCGGGGAAAACAAGUGAAAAUGACUACUAGCGCUCUGACACAGGGUCUGGAGAGGAUCCCUGAUCAACUGGGAUAUUUGGUGAUCAGUGAGGAUGGCGUAUUGGCAUCUGCGGGGGAGCUGGAGAAUGAUGAGCACACAGCUGGGAUCAUAAUGCAGAUGGUGCGGACAGCAUGUCACUUCAGACUGCAGGGUGCUGUUGAGCCACCCUUCAAACGCAUGUCAGUCAUGCUAGAGGACUAUGUGUACACAGUGACCGUGUCUGGUCAGAAGGUGUUUGUGGUGAAACGUCAGAACAACAAGAGGGAACCUGUAGUGGUGUAGAACCGUGUAGUGAAGAUGGGUUGGGAGAUGAAGGACAUCACUCCAAUCAAUUCACACAGGACAGGGACUCUGUAAUCCACUGAACUGUUUUGUUCCAUUCCUAGUUAUAUAAGGUUUUAGAACAACAGAAGAAAGCACAUAUGAAGUUGUACUGAACAAAAAUAUUAAUACAACAUGCAACAAUUUCAAAGAUUUUACUGAAUUAAAGUUCAUAGAAGGAAAUCAGUCAAUUGAAAUAAAUUCAUUAGGCCCUAA